AUGUAUAUAUAUAUAUAUACGUAUUUUAUUUAUUUACAUCUUCACUUCCUGUUCAAAUACGUACUAAGGGGAGGAUGCUGGGAACAGGAACAACGGUGGAACAAUUCCUUUGCCCUUUUUGUUACUUAUCUUUGCGUUUCGCCCUCAUUGUGUGUUGGUGCUGCGUGUCCCAUCCAUUUGUUUGUCACCUCCUUCUCUCGCGAUAUAUAUAUAUAUAUAUAUAUAUAUAUAUAUUUAUUUAUUUAUUUAUGUAUGCUUGUGUUCAGUUCUUUACCUUCUCCCUUUUUUUUUCUCUUGUAUUUUGUGCUCUUCCUUUUUUUUUUACACUUGCUCUGUAUAUCAUUCAACGAGGUGGUAAAAACGAAAACACACAACAGAGAAAGAAAAGAAAGGAAAGGUGAAAACAAUUUCAAGGGAAAUCAAGUACAACACACCCUAUUACCAUCGUUAUCAUUAUUGUUGCUUAACACCGCAAAAAAACAAGAAAAGUGA